AUGGCCACCGAUUACAGCAAGAAGACCAACGCCGAGCUGGUCGAGAUUCUCAAGUCGCGCUCACUGGCGCACACCGGAAAGAAGGCCGACAUGGUCGCGCGCCUUCAGGAAGAUGAUGAGAAGAAGCCCGCUGCUCCCGCUGCGACAACCAAGACCGACACUGCCGCUGAAGACGUGAUCGACUGGGACGACGAUGUUCCGGUUGAAACUACCGAGCCUGUGAAGCCCACAACCGAGGCCGGCGCCAAUGCCAUUGCUGCUGGUGGCCAGGGCGCUGUCGCCAACCCGGUUGCUGUCCCGAACCAGAAGCUCGAUACUAAUCCCGCCGCGACUGAUGACCUGAAGGUGAAGUCGACUGGUGCCGCUGCUGAUGCUGCGACGGCCGCCGCUAAGCCUGAGGAAGCGAAGGCCGAAGUGAAGCCUCCUGUGGAUUACUCGCGCGGCCUUCCUGCCACUGAGCUUGAGGAGGAACUGAAGAAGCGCAAGGCGCGCGCGGCCAAGUUUGGCAUCGUCGAGGAUGAGGAGACUGCAGUCAAGGAGGCCGAGAAGCAGCUGACACGGGCCAAACGCUUUGGCACUGGAGGCGAGGGAGAGAACGGUUCUAAUGUGGGUGUCAAGGGCCUCGACCAGGCCCUUCCCGAUGAGCGGUCACGCAAGAGGGGCCGCAACGAACAGGGUGGUCGUGGAGGCAAACGUCGGGAUACUGGUCGCAACCGCAACCGUCGCGGUCCCCGCAAUGGAGUUCAGAAGCAGGGCGGAGGUGGCAACCCUGCGCCAGGUGGUCAGGGUCAGAAGCCGCAACUGAGUGAAAAGGAUGCCGCCGCGAUGGAGGCCCGCAAGAAGCGGUUUGCGCAGGCAGCUUAA